UUUCGGGAUAAAUUCAUCGUCACAAUUAUAAUCAUCUUAUAGGAUAAUCAACAUUGUGUUAUUUGUAUCACAUUUCAUGAGAGAAAACUAAGUAUAACUGUUCACGCUGCCCGAAUUAAUUUUCCCACUUGAGCCCCAUUAGGCCUUCCUUUUAAUAAAUAUUCAUAGUUUACAGGAAUAACUCGGCAGCCAUUUUGUUGGUAGACAUUUGCAAUAUAUAGAUAUAGCAAUAGGGACAACAUGAUCAACAUUACCGAAACGAUGUGAAGAGUUCCUAACAAGUUUCAGCACCCUCCAUUGAGGAGAUAAUGUAUGAAGGUAAAAACAUUCACUACACGUCCGGAGCUGAUCACAAACCUCUAUGUUCAUUCAGUGCCAAAAUAUGUAAUCAGCACCGCCUCAAUGGCUAUGGCUUCUGUGUGCGGCACAUUCUGGAGGAUCCCACAGCACCGUUCAGGCGGUGUGCAUAUGUGGCGAAAUCCAGCAAGCAGAUGUGUACACAGGCAAUACCACUGCAUGAAAAACGAGAAUACUGUAACAAUCACAUGCAAGUCCUGGGAAUGAUUCCAAAGAAAGAGAAGAAACAGAAGCCUCCAAAAACACUGCAACAGGUAUCUGCAGUUCCCAAAGAAAAACUACCAUUCAAAGACCGGGUCUCCCGAUUCAACUCGAGCAAACUGAACAGUAACGCGCUGGGAAACGAUUUCAGAAGGCUGAGUAAGGUUCUAAAAAGUGAUGUAUUUAGUGCCGAGAUUGAGGAUAUAAAUGAUCCGUACGCUUUUCCUGAUCCCAGUGGCGAGGACAAAAAGAUUACGACAGUUAAUACUCUUCUGCCGUCGUCCAGCCCCUAUCAUGAGGCCCCCUUGUCUGUUGGAUCUCAGGGUUCACACGGCUCUAAGUCGCCAGGAGAUGCUGGUAUGGGUGUUUCCUCCAUUGCAAAGCUUUAUCCAGAGCUUGCAGAAAAGCUAGAGAAAAUCAAACCGAAGUUUGACUCAGGAAACAAGACCAAGGAGAAGGGAAAGGCCAAAAGCUCCCGAACAAUGAAUAGAUUACAAACCAAAAUUGCUCAGAAUAGAAUCAAAGAUAAAUUAAAACGAAACCAAGAAUCAAAUUCGCAAUCACAAUCUCCAUGCUACAACUUUAAUAACUCAUCCUCAUCAAGUGCUGUGAAUCACUACGAUUUCAUUGACAGGACGGUGCCAAGUAUUUCUACAGAUGUUUCACCACGCCCCCAGACACAAGGAGUUUUAAAUUCCAGUAAUCAUAAAAGAAAUUCGCUACCAGUGUAUGUAAUGCCACAUAGUGUGAAUGGUCUCCCUGACACGGCAACAAAUUUAAACCUCCAGGGACAAGGGUUUCUUCCUCAAGGAAUCCCCCAUGGGAUGCCUCUGGAAUUGUUACCUGGAAUGCCUAACUCAGUGCCAAAACUACCACAAAACUUAAUCAGCUCUGAGAUGGUUAUGGGUCUUAAUAGUUUUCCAAUUCCACAGGAACAAAUGCAUAAUUAUUUAGGGUCAACGCCGCUACCUCUCACUUCAGCUGUUGCUCAUCUGUCCACUCAGAAUUCUGUGAAAGAGAAAUUAUCAAUUAUGGCAGGGGAAACUCCAAAGCAAAAAAAUCUUCAGGAAAAAGAGAAAUUUAGUACCAUGAUACCAAGUAAACAACAACCCCCACCAGUCCCCCCUCCCCCCACAUACUCGCAGUCUAUAGCCUCUGGGUAUUCUCCCUCCGUCACGACUGCGACAGAAAUUAAAACGGAGCCACAACCUCCACAGCCGGUGCUUGGGGUACCCCCCAGAGACUUUCCCCCACCUCCCCCAUACAAAUGUAAGCCUGUAAAAUCUGCCAAGUCCAAGAACUCUUUACACGCUGUGUUUGGAUCCAAUGUGAUAAAACAUCUCCCAGCAUCAGCCAUUUCAAGACCUCAGAAAUUCAAGAUGGAAAGUGAUUACACUGUGUUGAAGAAAAGAUUCAAGAAAGAUCAGGUUGUGAAUUAUUACAAAGACAUAGUAAACCACAAAAAAGAAAGUCAUGAUCUUGUAGGAGCAGGCUUUUACUCCUCAGAAGAAACUAGUGAUUCUGACAGUGAAGAAAUGUUGUCAUGGCAACCAGAUUGGUUCUCUCCUUCCUCAGAUGAGGAAAUGCCAGAGGAUGAGGAAGAAGCUGCAGAUAUUCUUAGAACAACCAAACUAGCAUUGCUGAGGGCUCGGUUAAGGAGGCGGUGCUUCCAGUACAGAAAGUCCCACAAGGCAAACCACCAUCAUCACAAGUCUAAAAAUAGUACAACUCUAGCACUCAUCGAAGCCUCCAGAGAGGGGCCGGGAGCAAUGGUGGAAGUUGUGAGGGAGAUGAUGCACAAGCAGGACAAAAUUGUUGACAGCUUUAAGAAGCAAGGGCUGGAGAGACGGCAAUGUUGCUACAAAUUUGAGGAUGAUGAUCAGUGUAAAAAUGCCGUCCUGCCCUACACCAAUCACUGCUUGUCUCAUAUUAUGUAUAAUGUUGAUCAGCAGCUCUUUGAUUACUGCACAGCUAAAUUUGCAGACAACACACAGUGUUGCACACCAGUGUUUGACAUACGCCACGAGCUACCACUUUGUAUGGAACAUGCCAUGAAAGCUGACAAUUACUCAAAGGACCAAGAUUCGGAGUCCAAACAGAAGCGUACCAGGAAAAAGACAAAGCCAUCAGCACUGACCAGGCCACCGAGGAAAGGAAAAAAGAAAAAGAAUGCGCGUAAACCCCCCAGGCCACAGAAACCGUCUCCGCCCAGUGAGCCUACUGGAAUCAUCGGGAUGCCAGUGGCGGUCAGAGCAACAGUUCCAGAGCCUCCCCCGGUCCCAGAGCCUCCCCCAGUGGCUGAACCUCCUGUCGCACCUGUCAGUGGAGGUACCAAUCAGUAUAUCACACCGCAGCCAGAGGAGUCCAUAAAGAACACAGUGUCCCCCAUGACAGCUCCCCCUAAACCUCAGAACAGCCCCCCAGCAGCAGCUGUGGGCGGGGCAGUACAAGUAACAACCAGACCGGAGAAAACCUCCCUGUCAGAACUGUCCGAGAAUAUGCUGGGCGGAGUGGAUAGCUUUAAUACAGAAUUACCAUUGGAGCAAGCCUCCAAACUUCUUGAGGAACCUGAUUUUCAAGAUGUCUUCAAUAAACUUCCAGAUGAAGCGUUUAAUUUAUUUGGCAAGAAUGGAGACUUUAAUCCGUCUAGUGAAGAAUUUGAAGAACUUGAAAGGCAUCUGGCAGCUGCUAGUAUGGAUGUAACGAAUGCUCAAAAAACAUUUGAAAACUUUGAUCUGGAUUUAGAUGAAGAACAAUUAAAACAGAUUCUGUUCGGUUCUGGGAAUAGCUCAACAAACAGUGGGACAAUGGGUGGCAUCAUCAACAGAGAGGACCAGGAAAGUAUCAAUGCAAUCGCUCGAAGCUUGUCAGCUUCUGAGCAGUUGUUACCAAAGACAACUGUGUCGGAAACCAAUAUUCCAUUUUCUGGUGCUAAUGUUAACAGUUACCAGACUGCGGGCGUCACAUACGCCCAGGUUGCUGGACAGGUAGUGACCCCUCCAAAUAAGAUGGUCACUCAGAGCAGUGUUAUAUAUACAAACAAUUCACAGUACUCACAGUUCCAGACACCUCCUAGUUAUGCUGCUAGUCAGGCUAUGAACAACUCCACACCGCCAGCAUAUUCUGUUAGUCAAGCAAUGGCGAAUCAGACACCGCGAAGUUAUGCUGUUAGUCAACCACUGGUGAAUCAAACACCACCAAAUUAUGUUGCCAGUCAAGGUUUGCCAAAUCAUUCAUACCCUCAACAUAUUACACUACAAACGUCACAGAUACGGUCAGCUGGAACUCGGUCACCCAUGUCAGAAGUGUUGCCAGAGGGGUCCACUUCAUCCGGGACAUCAGACAUCAAACAGCAAAAUAAAGUGGUUCCACAACAAAGUGUAACACAAAACAAGAUGGUUCUAAACCAAUUACCAGAGCUGGCAAACAAGACCCAGGGUCUACCUGUGUCCCUGCAGGGUUCUGUACCGAUGGCCCAAGCUCCCUGGGCCAUCAGUUCCGGGCAGGUCCCGGCUUAUCAGAAUGGUUAUCCUAUGCCUGGAAUGUAUCUUCAGGGAACAGCUGAUAUGAUGACGAACUUGAAGUAUAACAUGAAUGCUCAACACGCUGAACACAUGAAUCAGGUGGGGGAGGGUGUGGCACAGCCUCAUCAUGUUCCGCACCCUCCCACGGUCUCCCUGCAGGGGAUCUCGGGAUUUACUCACCAGCAGUACGCUAAAUCGUUUACAGCUUCCAGUGGCAAUGGCUCUUAACACAGAAUUAUAGACCAAGAAGUUCAUAUUUUUUGGUAAAAUAAAAUAUUAGGUUUGUUGACUGGUUUGAAAGUACUGUAGGCAAUAUAGUUUUUUUUAUGGAAAUAUUUUUAAGAAUUAUAUUUUUCUUUGGGAAAAUUAUUAACCUGUGAAGGCUUGAUAUAUAUAUGUAGGUAUAUUUGUAUGUGUAAUGUAAGAUGUGUUAUAUGUAAAUAUGUACCAAUGAAUUUGAAGAUCUGAUUGUUUGUGAUACUGUUUUAAAUUCUUGUGUUGUAGUACAUGUACAUUUAUGUGAUUUCAUUGUUUGUGCCAUUCCAUAGAUCAUCAUAGUUUUAUAUAUCCCUCAUCUUUCUAUUUGUAGUGUCAGAUUUUUUUUAUACACAGUUUUGCAUUUGAACACAAAAACUUAAGGACAUAAUACAAAUGUUGAAAGAGGCUAAUUCAUGUUUGAACAUGGAUGUAAGAUUACAACUGCAUUUGUGAGAGAGACUAACAUACAUGUUGACAGUGUUCGAACCACACAUGAAUCACACUGAAGCCUAGAAAAUCACCGGCUGUGUUGCAGAUAGCAGUUUGAUAUUGCUCACUCAGAUCUAAAAUUAUGGUGGAUAAUGUCCCCUGUCCAGUACAAUAUGAAAGUAGGAAACAAAGAAUGCAAUUUUUAUUACACUGAAUAUUGUUAAGCAAGCACAAAAUAUUAAUUUUGAAGAACGUUACAAAGCAUCUUGAAUACCUGUAUUUAUGCUUAUGAGAAUAUGUGCGUAAAACAGGUUUAUAUAUACUGCAGGUGUAAAACCUGCGCUGAUGAAAUUAAUACUGCUAAAUUGACAGGUAUGGAGAUAAAUGCCACCUUUGUCAAAUAUUUCUGGAGAGUAUUAUUUUGUUAUUGUUGUUUGUUAAAUUGUGUAUUGCCAACAAGAGUCUGAAUUCGCAAUGCUUGUUAUAGUAUUUCUGUUUUACGUUGUAGCGAGUUUAUUGUAUUUAAAGAUAUUGAAGCUAAAACAAUUCGGGUCAUUAGUACAGGGAUAAUUUAAAACCAAUAUUUACUCUGCUAUAAUUGUACAUCUGGCUUAUCUAUUUAACGUAUUAAUCAAAUAUAGGCAGCUCUUUGUUAUGAAAUGGUUGUAAUAUUACCAUUGCAUUGUAUUAGUUGAGUAGGAAAAUCGUGUAAUUCUUGUGAUAGCAAUGUGAUGGAACACAUUUAGAACAGCUGUUAAGAAAUGAUUUUGUUGGUAGAUGGCAAUUAGCACAACGUUAAAUUGACUGAUUUGCACAGAUAACAUAUAGUGUAUUGUAUUACACUCAGAAAUUGUGAUAUUUCUUAAGACUGUUACAUUGUUAAAAUUUCAAAAUCUCACUUUUUAAAAGUCUUAAGUAGAAAUCUUUUCUAAAUUCCAUAAUUUGAAUUUUUUCUCAAAACUUUUGAAGGUUUUGGUAGAGUUGAAGUGUUUGAACUGUAACAUGCAUACCGGUAUACAAUGCGACGAAAACGUGGCGCAUAAUGCAGGAAAAUGUAGCAUAGAAUCAUAAAAGGAUCAAGUUUUGCGUGCAAUCCUAGCAACCAUGUUUUAGACUAGAAUCUUUUUUGUGGAGUGUGCCAUUAUCUGCAUUUCAAGUUGCUGACUUUUCUUUUGGGUCUUGUCAAUAGAUUUUUGGGCAAAAUUUGUGCAUUAUUCAAUACAUGUAGAUGGAGGGGAAAAAAAACAAACUUCGUUUGAAAGGCAUUUAUUGUUUGAAGCUAGUGUUAAUUAGUACAUGAUUGAAUUGUACCAAAUACAGCACUUAAUAGUCUUUAAUCAACAUGCUUAUGAUAGGUAGAACUUGUUCUAUUGUAACAGAGUCAAGUGGGGGAAAUGAGCAAUUUUUUGAUCAUCAUUCAUCAUGGUUUUACAUACAAAUUCAGUGCAAUAGCCUUUUGUAGCUUCUUUAGUUUUUGUCUUCUUCACAGACCAUGUCAUGAUGUACUGCGACCGUCUUAGGCAUCUCUUUAAUAAUAGUGUGACAAUUUUCUUUACAACAAAAUAUCAAUAUUACACCAUACAAUGCACAGAAGUUGUCAUAGAAUUGACCCCUUAACACAAAAAUCUCUAACAACUUACAACUUUAUCUAAACAAUUUUAAAACAAUUUUUAGGGACAAAAUUCUGAAUUUAAAAAAAGAUUAUUACUAAUAGUUCAUAUACUAUCAAGCUGCAUAAUGAUUAGUGAUUAACACCUACAAUGUGUACUGUCAAUGAAUAAAACAACCCGGGGCACACUGAUAAUAUCCAAUAUGGACGUAUGAUUAGUACAUAGCAAUUAUGUGAUUUUCAAAUAUUUCGAUCUCACUUGAUAUAUUACCUUUUUUAUUUUCUGUACAAUUCCUUUAACAUAUUACUAGAAUUUACAUGUACUAUGGCAGUCAAGUAUGCUUAUCAAGAUUUCAAAUAUUUUUCAUUUGUUUGUAAAAAGCAGAUUUUAUAGCAUAUAAAAGCAGUGAAAUUUGUUUAUAGAAUGGGCUCCAUGUUAAACUCUUAAAUUUUUUAUCUUUGUAAAUUUCAAGUAACUGGGAUAUUACUAGUACAUUAACAGCAUGUCGAAAAGGACUUUCCAUGCUGCAAAACAUAAAUUUUAGUAAGUUAUUUUGGAUUAUUAUAUCGGGUAUAUUUGUAAAGUGGGUUAGCUUCAAAGAAAAAUUUAACAACGCAUCUUCCGACAAGUUUGGUAAUAUUUUAGCUCCAGUGUUUAAAUUUUGAAAGGGCUCGUGUCGUUUUAAUUGGGUGCAUGUGUGUGUUGUAUUUUUGAGACUGCAGUUUGAGAGAUGAAUGCAUAACAUAGAUGUAGAUUAGAGUUUUGUACAUAUCAUUGUUGAAAUUCAUAAAAAAAGAAAUCAUGAACAUUUUACUUCAGUAUCUGAUCAAGUGGAGACCAGGAGACUUUUUUUUUUGCUUUGGAUUAGAAACAAAGGGGAGCUGCAGCCCAUUUUUAUAUUGUCAUUUUGUGAUCUGAGGUGUUUCAUGUGAAGAAAUUUGUAUAUUGUGUGAAUGUUUACUUUUCUGUGAGUGGAGAAUAUUCUUGUUUUAUUGAAGUUGUUAUAAAGUUGUUGUAAUUAUAUAAAUUAUAACAUUAUUGUGUUCAAAACAUGACCUAAAAAUCUAAUAACAACUCUGAAAUAUC